AUGGUAAGUGGUGGUAAGACGUCUCGACGGGGUGCGACGCAGCGACGUGGCCGUCUCCAGGGCGUCAGUACGUUAUUGCAAAGUAGUGCAGCUGCAUUGUCUUCAUCUUCUCGUCUACUGGUGUGGCACUCUCGCUUCUCGCAUGCUGCGUCUCGUCACGAAAGCGUUUUGAAUGGCCACGCGAUGAACCAGCAGCUAGAAGUGUAUCUUCCAUCCGAGGCCGGGAAAAUCACGGCACAGUCGUUACAAUGGGAAACAGGCUUUUAUUAUGAGGUCAAAGCAUCGCUUGAUAUGUUUCUAUCGCCAGCUUUUAUCCAUGACUAUUUAAUGGAUGGUGGUGCUGUGUUUAUGGUGACCAAGAACGUGGCAAUAGACGCGUCACAGUCGGCAAUGCUACUGCCUUCUGGUCAAUUGCUUUUACUUGUGAAUGCAGAUACGUACCAGACAUUAGGGCUUGUAGGUAAGAAGUAUGGCAAGGCAUUGCCUGCUUCGAGCAGGACGGCACAUGUUAAGCGGGGUCAGAAGUACAUCAUUACGCUGGACUUGACAUCGUCUACGUUCACUGAAAAAGGAGAAAACCUCUUUAGAGAUCGAGUGAGAAAGUGUUUGAGCACGAAGCUGGAACAUGUAGAUAUGGUGCUAUGUGCGUACAAUCAACGAGGCUCGGCACGCACGAUCUUGUUUGAAGACGAUGAUGCCGUGCCACGCUCGCGAGUCGAACUAAAUGGCAAGAUGAAGACGUUCAAUGAGGUGUUUCUGCCCAAGUUUGAUGCUUUUUAUACCGCGCUAGGCGCGAAUGAAGCAGGUGGAGAUGAAGAAGUGGACAUGUUGAGGACGUCGUUGUGGGAAGCGUACGACUGGUUGGGACUUGUGGCCUGUCGGUUGACCAACUUGCUGCAGAGAAAAAAGUUAGAAGAGUAUGUGUCAACGUUCACAGGCAUUCCUGAUUCGUUUGAGUGCGAACCAGAGAGCGAGAUCACGACGGUGCAGUGGCGUGGUCUGUUGGCAGCGCCAUUUUGCUCGGCUAUUGUUGAGAAGGUGCAGCGUGCUGUUAGAAGCGGGGAGCUGCCGUGGGGUGCAAUCACAGUUUGGGGCUUUCCGGAUGUCUUUGUGUCUUGGCGACGAGAGCAUGGCUAUCUGUGUAAUGGCAACAACAACUACACACUGCUUAUGCUACCAAACGACGAGUACUUUAUGCUGCAAGCGCUUGGCCCUCAUGACGCUACCGUGUAG